GAUAAUUAUUAUUUAUUCAAAAGUAAACAUUAGGAUGACCGCUCGCGGAGAGAAGAAAGACGAUAUGGUGAGAAGAUUUGUUUAAUUUCGAAUAACAGAAUGAUAAUCGAAUGAAUUUAUCUCAGAACGAUGAAGACAAGAGGUUACAAGAAGAUUUAUUGCAAUUGGUCGACGUAUUGAUGGUAAGAAUUUAAUAUUAUUCUGUACGGGCGAGUGACAAUCAUUAAGAAUAAUAAUGAUUCUGGCCUCAAGGGAAAAGACGAAAAGGCGAUGGCACGUGCUCUGGUACAUCUUAGAAUAUUAAUGCAAACGUCGACCACUUCGAUGACCUCGGUACCAAAGCCAUUGAAAUUUCUUAGAGAUUAUUACGCUCGAUUAAAGGAUGCCUAUUAUAAAAUCGAAAAAAACGACGACAUUAAGAGACAAUUUGCCGAGAUUUUGAGCGUUUUAGUUAUAGUUGGAACAUCUUCGAGCUCGAGAGAAUGUUUAGAUUUUUGUAUAAAAGGAUCGGUCAAAAAUCCUGGCGAAUGGGGUCACGAGUAUGUUAGACAAUUGGAGGCAGAGAUCGUCGACGAAUGGACCGGCGCACCGAUCAAGGAAGAAAAGGACAUCAGGUCACAGCUUACGCCUUUGAUCGAGAGCAUCGUGAAGUUCAAUAUGAAACACAAUGCCGAGAUACAGGCCUGUGAUCUGUGCUUGGAAAUUGAUCAAAUGAAUUUUCUACAUGACCAUUUGGAUUCUAAUAACUUUUCGAGAGUGUGUCAUUACUUGACGAGUUGCGCCGCUUACAGCGAAGACACAGAGAGAAAACAGAUAUUGGAAUUCGUAUUCUAUCAAUAUAUGAUAUUCGGAGAGUAUAGUAAAGCCAUGCUGAUUGCAUUACAACUGGCCAAUCAGGAUUUGGUGUUUAAGUGUCUCUCCACCUGUCCAGAUUCUUUGAUACGAAAACAAUUAGCAUUUCUGAUUGCGAGACAACAGAAUCAUUUAAUGAAGAAGGAAUAUCAAGAAGAAGAUGCACAGGAUAUCGAGACUAUACUUACCAAUGCACAUGUCAAUGGCCAUUUUCAAAUAUUGGCCAGAGAAUUGGAUAUAUUAGAGCCUAAAUUACCGGAAGAUAUUUACAAGACCUGGUUGGAGACAGGAAUCAGAAGAGAUAUCGAUUAUGAUUCUGUCAGAUCGAAUUUAGCUUCUAGCUUCGUUACGGCUUUCGUUCAUGCUGGUUUUGGCGAAGAUAAACUUAUGGCAAAUACCAAAGACUGUUGGGUAUACAAAAACAAGGGACAUACGAUGCUAUCGGCAACUGCAUCCUUAGGUCUGAUACAUCUUUGGGACGUGGAUGGUGGAUUAGUACCGAUCGACAAGUAUCUUUAUACGAGUGACGAUUACAUCAAGUCAGGUGCUCUAUUGGCAAUCGGAUUAGUAAACUGUGGAGUUCGAAAUGAAUGCGACCCAGCCUUGGCCCUGUUAAGCGAUUAUGUUCUCUCUACCAGCGAAAUUCUACGAAUUGGUGCGAUCUUAGGAUUAGGUUUGGCUUAUUCUGGCUCUCAACGGUCAGACGUUGCGGAACUUUUGACAUCGGCAUUAAACGACAAACAGAGUAAAAUUUGUACCAUGGAAAUUAUCGGACUUUCCGCGAUUGGUUUAGCUUUGGUCCACGUUGGUACCGCCAAUUCUGACGUCUCCUAUGUCAUAUUGCAGAAGUUAUUAGAACUUACGAUCGAGCAAUUGGCUAAUACGCAUUACAGGUUUUUAUCACUGGCCUUGGGAAUACUUUACAUGAGUUGCCGGGAUGUUAUAGAUACUCCAUCAGCGGCACUAGAAGUUUUACCUGAACCAUACAGACUAGCUUGUCAAACUAUGUUACAGCUCGAGAUUUGCGCAUACGCUGGAACUGGCGACGUUCUUAUCGUCCAAGAACUCUUAAGAAUUUGUUCGGAACCCGUCAAUGGCAAGGAAAGUAUCUAUGGUACACCAAUUACGACUCCUGUUACCAGUUGUUGCGAUCAUGGAAAACGCGUGGUUUCCAAUCUAACGGCAGACGAUAAUCAAGCGAAGAACAAGACUUCUAAUUCCAAGUAUAUGUCUGUUAUUAACAUAUUUUCGUCUCUUGGAGUUGGAGUGGUUGGUCUCGGUGAAGGCAAAGAAAAUUCGAGGAUUUUUGGACAAGUAGGACGAUACGGUCCGACCCAAGCAAGACGAGCGGUACCCUUAGCUAUGGCCCUUUCGUCUCUUUCUAAUCCAGAACCGGCACUCUUAGAUGUUUUGAACAAAUAUAGUCACGACAAUGACGUGGACGUUGCUCAUAACGCAAUAUUAGCUUUAGGAUUGGUCGGUGCUGGAAGUAACAAUGCGAGAUUGGCGACCAUGCUUAGACAAUUAGCUGCCUAUCAUGCCAAAAAUCCUUCUCAUUUAUUUCUCGUACGAAUUUCUCAAGGUCUCGUGCAUUUAGGGAAAGGUACGUUAUCGUUAUCACCGAUGCAUUAUUCAUCGAGAAUCUUGGAUCGAACGGCACUGGCUGGAUUGAUGGUUGUUCUGGUUGCAUGUUUGGAUUGUAGGAAUUUGAUAUUGGAUAAAUCUCAUUACUUGAUGUACUGUUUAGCUACGGCCAUGGAACCACGAUGGUUGGUCACUUUGGAUAAGGAUCUUAAGACACUUCCUGUUUCCGUUAGAGUUGGCCAAGCCGUAGACAUCGUUGGCAAGGCUGGCAAUCCAAAAUCUAUAGCUGGUGGUAACGUUCAUACGACCCCAACCCUUUUAAUGCAUAACGAAAGGGCGGAGUUGUUGUUAGACGAAUAUGAACCUUUGUCCAGUAUGCUGGAAGGGUUUGUUAUUUUAAGAGAAAAAGCAGAAUCUUCCUAAACGAACCUUUUGAUCUUUUUAAAUAAACAUUGAAAUACUUUCUUCACCCACAAAGCUAAACUUUGCCAUAUAAAAUGACUUAUAAGCUGGUACGGAAUUCAGUUUUUUUUUCUUUUUUUUUUCUUUUCUUUUUUUUUUUUUUUUUUUUUUUUUUUUUUAGGUUUGCGUUUAUUUAACUUUAGGGACUAGCGGAAGCAAUGUGCUUUAUACAACAAAAAUGUACAUUGGUAUGCAUUGCACAGUGGGAACAACAACGUUGCACCAUGAUCAAAGUAUUAGACAGAUUUUCAAUAUCUGUUUCCUCAUUCUUUUCUUCUUUAUCUCUCAAGCAUGGCUAAUUCUAUACCUUAAUUAUAUAUAAGUAGGGUAAAUAAAAGUUUCACGACGAAAGCGAGUUUAUAACUCGAAUACACGCAUGUAUACGCGUGUCCGUUCCAAGAUCGUAGAAAAGAACAAUUUUUGGGGAGAGGGGACUAAAAUACUUUGACGGACUUUUUUUUUUCUUAUCUCGUUCCUUUUGAUAUUUUUUCACAUGCGUAGAAUACACAUAGGUAUUAUAUCAUGGUGCGUUUUCCUUUCAUAUCGAAAGAUGUAACAUAUAUACGUAUGUUUGUGUAUUUGUAUGUAUGUAGUAUUUAUGUAUGUACGUAUGCAUGUAUGUAUGUAUGUAUGUAUGCAUGUAUGUAUGUAUGUAGGUAGGUAGAUAGGUAUAUGAAUAAGUCCAAGUUACGUGUACGAGAGAUCAUGGCGCUCGUUCCUUACUUUUCCCUUUUGCUUUUUAUCUUUCUUUCUUCUUCUUAUUAUUUAUUUAUUUUUUUUUUCUUUUUUUUUAUUAUAUAUUAUAAUUACCCUCCUCGUAAAGAAACUGUGAGAAAACGCAAGCUUUACAUGUAUAUGCACAUGUACAAUGUGUGUAACACUACGUACUCUUUGUAUUUUAAUUUCUAACGAACAUUCUUCUUCUUCUUCAUCAUCUCUUCUUCCUUCAUAGGCACAUGACUUAGGGUAAGAGGCGAUAUUUUUUUUUUUCUUCCUAAUGAAAAGCACGCUUCACACGUGCGUCGCAUGUGUUAUUAACUUGUUUCCCUUGGUGUAUAUAUGUACUUUAUGUAUGUGCAUAUGUGAAUGCGACGAUGAGAACUCGAUUUUGAAUUAAUCCUUUACUUUCACGUUACUACGUAUCUCCUUUUUCCUUUUUUUCUUUUCUUUUCUUUUUUUUUUUUUUUUUUUUUUAAAUUAUAAUCGAUGCUGACCUCGAAUUGUUCGAAUAUGUUCGAUGUAAAAAGAUUUUCUUCUCGCUACGCGAUGUCGAAUGAAUUUUAAGUUUGUUCUCUUAAAGAUUUUGCACUCUAAUGUAGAGCGAACGUUCGUUUUAAGUCAUGCGAAAGGGUUUCAAGUUCGAGUUUAUUCUCAUUUAUCGCGUGCCUUUUCGUCCCCUUACUAGAGCAUGUCUUCUUCUUUAGAAAAUAUAAUAGAGAAUACGUUAAGAAACGCUAUAUAUAUAUAUAAUUAUAUAUAUAUAUAUAUAAUUCUCGACAGGAACACUGCCUACGCUAUCGCGCAAUAUUUUAUAUGUAUUUUAUUGUUGUUGUUGUUGUGUUUUCUUUCUUGUAAAACAAUGACAAAUUAAAAAUGUAAUAUAGCUCGUACGUCAUAGUCUAUAUUCGAUCUGCGUUUUCUAUUUUUUUUCUUUUUUAUUUUACUCAUAUCAACGCACUCGCACCGAUUUCGGCAAGCCGAACCACCUAACUAACUAUAACUUUAUACGUUUAAAGUUUCGCUUAAUAUUAAAAUAUAGUAAUAGUAAGAGAUAAAAAUUAAUAAUAAUGAUGAUAGCUCUUAUAUAUAUAUAUGUAUAUAUGUAUAUAUAUAUAUAUAUAUAACUUAUAGAUAAUAGCAGAUUUGUAUCGUAACAUGUCGCAAAUAUUAUGAGCGUGUUUCGUGUGUAUGUUUGUUUAUAUUCUUUCUCUUAUUAUUUUAUUUUUUAUUUGUCCGAGCGAUGUAUCUUCUAAUAUUCCAUUCUUUUCUCGUGCCAAUAUUC